AGAGACAUCACCAAACCAAAAAAUCUCUCUGAAAUCUCACAGAAUCCCUAGAUUCACUUUGAAAAAAUGGCAGAAACAAUCGACACCACCGUCUCACCGCCGCUUUCCAAAUCCGAGGGCUCCACCACAUUGCCCGCGACGACGCCAGAUCAGACAUCCGAUGAAACCUCAAAAGCCGUAGAUCUGAAGAAGGAAGAGUCCGUCGCGGAGACGAAGCCAGGAGGCAACUCGCUCCGCAUUUGGCCACCGACACAGAAAACUCGCGACGCCGUCUUGAAGCGUCUGGCCGAGACGUUGUCCACCGAAUCCAUCCUCUCCAAGAGAUACGGUACGCUCAACUCCGACGAAGCUUCCGCCGUCGCCAAAUCCAUCGAGGAGGAAGCAUACGACGUCGCAUCGAACGCUGUUUCUGAUGAUGACGAUGGGAUCAAGAUCCUUGAGGUUUACUCCAGGGAGAUUAGCAAGCGGAUGCUUGAGACGGUGAAGGAUCGAUCUGCAGCCACCACGAAGACCAACGAAACGGUGGAGGAUGUGAAGACUGAUGCAACGGAAGAUGUGAAAGACGACGAUGCAGCACCUGAGUCCGAGAAGAGUGAGGCUUGAGAUUUUGCCUUACCUUACUCUUUCUUCUUCCUUAUCGUAUCUAUAAAUCUAUCUAUUAGUGUUUCGGUGGAUUCAUAUGAGAUUUAUCAAGUUAUCUGUUAUUGUAAUGACUGUGUGGAUCUCUGGCAUAUGAUGUUUCUUCUUUUCGAUUUGUUGCUUGCUUGGUUAACGAUUAGCAUUAAUCAUCUGAUUAAUAUCGUUGGUAAAUUGUUUUGCUCGAUUCCUGCUUAAUCUCAUCCAUAUGCUCACAUUCAUAUGCUCUGAUGCAUCCAUCGUGUACUUGCUGCUAGCUAGUAUCCAUUAGUUAUGUCCUUGUGGUUGUUGGAACAGUGUCUUCAACUUCUUACAAUAACAAUAUUGGGUUUGGAAUACGUUGCUUCGUACCAUUAGAAUUAAGGUUGAAGUUAUUUGGAUGUUGAGCUUGGCUGUGAAUUAGUAAGUCACUGUUUUGAUUAACUUUAAUUACAUCAAAACAAGAUUUACCUACUUGUUUCUAAUGGUUACUGGCUACUGCACAGGUUUGUUGUGCAGCUUAUUUCUGGUAGCAAUAUUAAAGAAAAU